AUUUAAUCUUUUUUGACAAGUGGUAUUCCGGGUUUCUUAAAUUGUCUUACUGAACUUAUUUGAUAACAUUUUAUAAAUUAAAAUUACUUUUAGUAAACGCAAAAAUACAUUAGAAAAAUGAAAUGUACUUUAAAUUAUCUAAAACUAUUAAAUUUUCGUGCCCGUACUAACUUAAAUAGUAAAUUAAUACGAUCCUUUAGCUCGGAAAUACCACAAAUAGAAGUAAAAUUUUCAAAUGGGAGAAAUUUAAAAAUGAACACGGGUAAAUAUGCCCGUUUUGCCAAUGCCACUGCCGUUUGUGAAAUGGGUGACACAGCUGUUAUGGUAACCGCUGUUUCAAAGGCUAAACCAACACCGGGAACAAAUUUUAUGCCUUUGGUUGUAGAUUAUAGACUGAAAAAUGCUGCUUCUGGUAGAAUACCUACAAAUUUUAUGCGUCGUGAAAUGGGUCCUUCGGAAAAAGAGAUAUUGUCGGCGCGUUUAAUAGAUCGUUCAGUGCGUCCCCUGUUUCCUUAUGAGUAUAGAACAGAAACUCAAAUAGUUUGUAAUAUGAUGGCCAUGGAUGCAGUGUAUUCACCUGAUGUAUUGGCCAUAAAUGCUGCCUCUUUAGCUUUAAGUAUGAGUGAUAUUCCCUGGAAUGGUCCAAUUGGUGCUGUAAGAUUAGGUCUUUGUGAUGGUGAAAUUAUUGUCAAUCCCACUAGACGUGAAUUGCAAUCGUCGCAACUUGAUUUGGUCGUAACAGCUACUAAACAAAAUCUUGUGGUAAUGCUGGAGGGUAAAGGUAAUGUUGUACUACAACAAGAUCUUUUCAAAGCAAUUAAACAGGGCACCAAAGAGGCACAAAGUAUUAUUAAUGAAAUUGACAAUUUACGACGCUCCCAUGGCAAGGAAAAACAAACUUUACAAAGUGUAAUAGUGGUAAAUGAAGAAAUAACAGAUGCUGUACGCAGCAUGAGUGAAAUGCGUUUACGUGAAAUAUUCCAAGAUGACAAACACGAUAAGUUGUCGCGUGAUCAGGCGGUAAAUGAAGUGAGAACAAAUGUUAUUGAUAAAGUAUGGUCUAGUUAUCCUGAUACAGAACCUUCUUUAAUUGCCGAGGAAUUCAAUCGUUUGUGUCGUUUACUGUUUAGAGAAUUAAUAUUUGAAACUGAGUUACGUUGUGAUGGCAGAGAUUAUGAUUCACUGCGAAAGAUUAAUUGCCAGGUGGAUUUGUAUAAACCUUUACAUGGUUCAGCUUUAUUCCAAAGAGGUCAAACACAAGUUUUUUGUACGGUAGCUUUAGAUUCACAGGAAUCGGCCAUGAAAUUAGAUACAUUAUCGGCUUUGGAAUCCGGUGUCAAGGCUAAAAACUUUAUGCUGCACUAUGAAUUCCCGCCCUAUGCAACCGGUGAGGUGGGACGUGUAGGUGGGGUGGGUCGACGAGAACUUGGACACGGAGCAUUGGCGGAAAAAGCUCUUUUACCCACACUGCCCAAUGAUUUUCCCUUUACAGUAAGACUGACCUCCGAGGUAUUAGAAUCUAAUGGUUCUAGUUCCAUGGCUACUGUAUGUGGUGGUUCUUUAGCUCUCAUGGAUGCCGGUGUACCAGUGACAGCAAGAGCUGCUGGGGUGGCCAUUGGUUUAGUAACAAAAUAUGAAAAUAAUGAUACGAAACAUUUGCAAGACUAUCGCAUAUUGACUGAUAUAUUGGGCAUAGAAGAUUAUAUGGGUGAUAUGGAUAUGAAGGUGGCGGGUACUAGAAAAGGUUUCACAGCCAUACAAGCUGAUUUAAAAAUACCCGGAAUUCCACUGAAAGUAGUUAUGGAGUCUUUGCAAAAAGCUACAGACGCCAAAUCACGUAUAUUAGAUAUAAUGUCAGAGGCGAUAGGAGAACCAAGAAAACAGAAAAAAGAUUGUUGGCCGGUAACGGAACGUUUACAAAUUGAGCCACAACAAAGAGCCCAAUUGUUGGGACCAAGUGGUAUAAAUUUAAAGAAAAUUUAUCUAGAAACUGGUUGUACAGUUACCACAGAAGAUGAAACUACAUUUACAUUAUUCGCUCCCUCACAAUCUGCCAUGCAUGAGGCCAAAGAAAUGAUAGAUUCUUUCUUAGUGAAAAAAGAAAAAAUUCCAGACUUGGAAUUUGGUGGUAUAUACUCAGCCACCAUUACCGAAAUUAGAGAUACCGGUGUAAUGGUUAUAUUAUAUCAAGGUAUGCCUCCAGCUCUUCUACAUAAUUCCCAAUUGGAUCAAAGAAAGGUGGCUCAUCCUUCAGCUUUGGGUUUAGAAGUGGGUCAAGAGAUUCAGGUUAAAUAUUUUGGUAGAGAUCCGGUUUCAGGCUUUAUGCGUUUAUCGCGUAAGGUCUUGCAACCGACUACCCGUAUAGUGCGUAGCCUUAAUAAGGGUACCACUGAAACUGCCAGUAAACUAGCCGAUCAAAAUGAAAAUCAAGAACAAUCCCGACAAUUAGCUAACGAAGAUAGCUCAAAGACACCAUCAUCAUCAUCAUAGUAAAUGUAAUACAUUAUCAUAUUUAAAUUAGUUAUAAAAUAUAAUAAACGAAACUAAAACUAAACGUUAUUGUUAAAUUGUAAUUAAGUAUUGUUGCUUUUUAUAUAUAAUAAGACUUGUUGCAAUACUCAAUAGAGUUGCAAGUUUUACACCACUAUAAUUUUUAAACAUUAUUUGAUCUAAACUUAUUUUUCAAAUAUUGUUGUUACUGCAGCAAUGUUACUUUUAGCAAAAAUUCUAAAGUUU